AUGGUCGGAGCUAAAGCUGGAGAUCAAAUCCGCGACUACAUCAAAACCUCAGACUCUCCCACCGCAGAAAUCGAAUUCCUAGGCACCCUAAUCGGUCCAUCUCCUCCUUCUCCCAGAGUCGCCGCCUUCUCCAGCCGUGGACCGAAUCACUUGACGCCGGUUAUCCUCAAACCGGACGUAAUUGCGCCAGGAGUCAACAUCUUAGCCGGUUGGACCGGAAUGGUAGGUCCGACCGAUUUGGAUAUCGACCCAAGACGGGUCCAAUUCAAUAUCAUCUCCGGCACAUCAAUGUCGUGCCCACACGUCAGCGGGCUCGCCGCUCUCCUCCGUAAAGCCCAUCCCGAUUGGUCGCCUGCAGCCAUCAAAUCCGCCCUCGUUACAACCGCUUACGAUGUCGAAAACUCCGGCGCACCAAUAGAGGAUCUCGCCACCGGGGAGCCGUCAAACUCGUUCAUCCAUGGAGCCGGGCACGUCGAUCCGAACAAAGCUUUGAAUCCUGGUUUGGUUUACGACAUCGACGUCAAAGAGUACGUCGCUUUCCUCUGCGCCGUGGGAUACGAGUUUCCGGGGAUUCUAGUCUUCCUCCAGGAUCCAACUCUUUACAACGCCUGCGAGACGAGCAAGCUAAGAACCGCCGGCGAUCUUAACUACCCUUCUUUCUCCGUCGUAUUCGGAUCGACCGUCGAUGUUGUGAAAUACAGAAGAGUUGUUAAAAACGUGGGAAGCGACGUCGACGCGGUGUACGAAGUCGGGGUUAAAUCUCCGGCGAAUGUUGAGAUUGAGGUGUCUCCGAGCAAGCUUGCGUUUAGCAAGGAGAAGAGCGAGUUGGAAUACGAAGUGACGUUUAAGAGCGUUGUGCUCGGCGGAGGAGUCGGAGCCGUGCCUGGUCAUGAGUUCGGGUCGAUUGAGUGGACCGACGGCGAACACGUGGUUAAGAGUCCGGUGGCUGUUCAAUGGGGUCAGAGCUCAGUUCAGUCCUUCUAA